UUCGUUCCGUCCGCCCGUUUAGUCGGUGGUCGCUUGGCCGACGCUGUUCAGUCGGUCGAACACGUUCCUCGCGUUUGGUCCGCGCCGUGCCACCACACCAGGCAACUCUUCUCUCUUCGCGGAACGCUGUAACAUUUGUUUACACAACAAAAGAACACCUUUGAGACUUUGUAUUUAUUAAAAAAAAUCAAACAAUAUUCAUGUGCGUGUGAUAAUUUGUUCGUUUUGCGUGUGUAAUCGUGAUUGUGAUCGAUUUUGCAAAUCACCUUGGGCUUGAGACGAGCGAAGGAGACAAUUUCGUUUCGCCAGAGCGCAGCAUUAAGAACGUUUUCUUGCUCUUCGACUCGUCGCACGUCUUGUUUCCAACCGUGAGAACCAACAUAACUUGACCAGUCGGUUUCUAAGCGCGUUUGAAAACUUUAUAGAUUGAAUAAUUUUCCGCUGCGGCAAAUCCUCGUGAGAUAUUUGUUGUGACGUGCCUGUAAUUGAUUUUAUCAGAGUCUAAUUUCGUGAAGCAGCGAACGCAAUUAAACCGGAGGCAGUUGAAGCACCACGCUGAAGAAUAACGAGUGGACAGUUUUUAAUCAACUCGACGACCACACAGAGGCUUUUUACUCGGAGUGGAUCGGCGUGCAAUCUGCGCUCGAGUGUGUUCACCGGCUGAAUUAAAACCUUCCAGCGGAAAAAUACCGGCUUCCUUGACGAAAAUCACCGAAAACAAGUCAAAAAAAACCGAGACGACGAUAAAAACCAAGUGAAGAAAACGCAAGAGACACGCAGAGAUCAUUUAUAAUCUGAGAUAACAAUGCAGUGGACAAAGCGUCGCUUGAAGUACUGAACGAUUACAACUCAUUUUUAUCAGUAUUAUAUUCGAUUUGAUUGAAAUUCAAAACAAAAAAGAAUUUUGUGUUCACGAUGGGGGUGAAGUUCCAUCGCAGAAUAUCGCCGAAGGUGUUCGUCAUGUGUGGCGUUGGCCUCACGGUAUUAUUAUGUCUGUAUUACGUGAAUUGCGGAAGUGGGUGUUCAUCCCCCAACGGCACCGCUGAUACACUGCAAAGACAUAAUGUGGACGCUUUGAUUAGCGUCGGGAGGAGUGCCAACGACGACGUAGACGAAAAUAAUCACUCUAAUAAUGGCAAGGCAAGCAGAGCCGCCAUCUUGAUGGAGAAGAAGGUGCGAGAAAGAGUGCAGUGUUUACCAAUGGAGAAAAACGACGCCGAUGUGAAUACCAUCGAAGUAUUUAAAGGAUUUGAUUUUCAACCUGGAUGGAUGAAAAUGAAAGAAUACUGGGAUAAACAGUUUGAGGAUAGGUUUGAGAAGCAAAAGAUGGACGCCGAUCGACCACCAUUGAAGGUUAUCAUCGUUCCGCACUCACAUAACGACCCCGGAUGGUUGAAAACCUUCGAGAAUUACUUCCAUUAUCAAUCUCGGCCGAUCAUGUCGAAUAUGGUGACGAAGCUGCAACAGCACAAGAAUCUAACCUUUAUUUGGUCAGAGGUGGCGUUUCUGAACGCUUGGUGGGAAGUUGCGCAUCCUAGUAAACAGAGGGCGCUGCGACAACUCGCACAGAGUGGACGUUUGGAAAUUACAACCGGUGGAUGGGUUAUGACUGACGAAGCAAACUCACAUAUGUACGCUAUUAUUGAUCAACUGAUUGAAGGUCAUCAAUGGUUACAUUCAAAUUUAGGCAUAAAACCAAAAUCAGGAUGGUCCAUUGAUCCAUUCGGUCAUGGUAAUACAGUUCCCUACCUCCUGAAAUCUUCCGGUAUUGAAGGUACAGUCAUCCAACGUAUCCACUACGCAUGGAAGCAGUGGUUGGCAUGGAAACAAUAUGGUGACUUCCGGUGGCAACCCAACUGGGCCCCAUCCGACUCCACGGGACAUAUCUUAACACAUAAUCAACCUUUUGACAUUUAUUCCAUCAAACACAGCUGUGGCCCACAUCCGUACGUCUGCCUCAACUUUGACUUCCGGAAAGUACCCGGCGAGUUCACCGAGUACUCCGUAAAAGCACAAAAUAUCACCCAGCACAAUGUUAAGGAAAAAGCCGAACUCCUGCUUGAACAAUACGCGCGCACCGGAAGUCUCUUCACUCACAACGUGGUACUCAUGCCGCUCGGCGACGACUUCCGGUAUAAUGUGGUUGAGGAAUGGGACCAGCAGUAUAAUAAUUACAUGAAGUUGAUCAACUACAUAAACGAGCAUAAACACAUAUAUAAAACGGAAAUCGCGUUUGGUACACCGCGUGAUUAUUUCGAAUCAAUUUUGAAUCGCACGAAAAUGGCGGAGUUUCCGAGUUUACAGGGUGAUUUCUUUGUGUACUCGGACAUAUUCUCUGAAGGACGCCCGGCGUACUGGUCGGGAUACUUCACGACGCGUCCCUUUAUGAAAAUCUUGGAUCGGGAACUUGAGAAUUCUUUACGCGCGUCCGAGAUUCUCUACACGCUGGCGAUCAACGGCGCGAGACAGAAGAAACUUCUGCCGCACCUGAAGGUACUCGAGAGGGACUAUGAAAAGCUCGUUAUCGCGCGGAGAAACUUGGGAUUGUUCCAGCAUCACGACGCAAUCACCGGCACUUCGAAAUCGUUCGUCAUGCGGGACUACGGGCUGAAAUUGUUUGAAAGUCUGCGUGAUACAGUGAAAAUCCAACAGAAUGCUUUACAAACCAUUAUUUUCGGUACCGAGAGCAACACUCCAUUGAAAACCGAGCGGAAUAUUCUAUUAAGUGACCUUGAACGCGACGCGUAUGAAAAACUACCAAAGAAAACCAUCAUUAUUCUUGAACCGGGCAAAAGUCGCAAGUUGGUUUUGUUCAAUUCAGUUGCCCAGGAACAAAAUCAACUUGUACAGGUUAGGAUUAAUACAUUUAAUGUAAAAGUCUACGAUAAUGAUGGUAAAGAAGUUGCCUACCAGAUAAAUCCAGUCUGGAAUAGUUUAGAAGGCAAUACAAAAAUGCAUAUUUCCGAUGACGAAUACGAAUUGAUAUUCAUAGCGAAAAUUCCCGGUUUAACCAUUGUCUCAUACAAUUUGGUGCAUGCCAAAGGCACAAAAGGCAAGAUGUCGUUGAUUUACUGCAACAAAUGCCACCGAAAACAGUUCCAGGAGACCAGCCCCUUCCUACCGACGAAAUUCCUACUGAAGAACACACAAAAUGGCGACGUGCAGCUAGAGAAUACCAAGUUACGCAUACUCUUCAACGGUUUAACUGGCUUCAUGAAAUCCGUCACGCGAAAGAGUACAAAGAAAACUGUCCAGUGCGGCAUUCAAUUCGCUGCGUAUCGCAGCGCGCAGUUUCACUCGGGCGCAUAUCUCUUCAUGCCGGAUCCAAGCGAGAAUGACAUCGAAAAGGACGUGCUGCAACAGUACCGUGAACAAAUGAGCAUCAUCAUUACUUCCGGCGGCGUUUCCAGCGACAUUUCAAUCAUUUACGGUCCAUUCUUGGUGCAUACUGUACGAAUAUUCCAUAUUGAAGCGUUAAGCGAUGCGAUUUGGAUUGAGAACGAUGUGGAUUUUGAAAAUCCGCCGAAAAAUCGCGAAACUGAGCUGUUUAUGCGAUUGAUUACUGAAGUACAAAAUGGCGAACCGCCUGAGUUCUAUACUGAUAGUAAUGGCUUCUCGAUGCAACGUAGAAUAAAAGUAGAACGUAUUGGUAUCGAGGGUAAUUUUCCUAUAACAACACAGGCGUUUAUUCAAGAUGAAGCAUUAAGAGUGACUUUACUUACGAACCACGCGCAAGGCGCUGCUUCCUGGCAGCCUGGCUUUUUAGAGGUUAUGUUGGACCGCCGUACGCUUUAUGAUGAUUCCCGUGGAAUGGGCGAAGGUGUAGUGGACAACCGGAAGACAACACAUAAAUUCUGGUUACUUUUAGAAGAUGUCUUACCUACACCAGGUGGCGCUUCAGCUCGUAAUCGUUUUGACGACUAUGAAACCGUACGGAACUUUAACAUUAACCCCGCUGAAGUAGACGAAGCACAAAAAGCUUCAACUAAUACACGAAACUACGUUAGUCCAAGUUUAUACUCUAAUCAUCUGUCACACGGCUUAAAUUAUCCCUAUGGAGUAUUUAUUUUGGAAGACACCGCUGAAUUGAAUGACACUACUAUUCAACUGGCGGAUGAAAUUCCCUGUGAUGUGCAUGUGGUAACACUGCGUACACAACCAGAUCCGGUGUAUACGCAGUUCCCCGCCAACAGCGCCCUCUUUGUUUUGCAUCGUGAGGGUUAUGCGUGCAAUGUUAACCUCAACUAUACGUGUCCCAAAGGUACUUUCCAGAAGGGAGAUACGUUUGGUCCUGCGCAGAUUUCGGAGGUGCAAAAGACCAGCCUCACUGGUCUGGACAAACAAGGUCAGCCAUUCAAGGAAUUCUCGGGGAUAGAGAUCACUUCGAUGGGAAUUCAGACUUAUAACAUUACAUUUGCCUAAGGUUAUUACUUUGGAAAGAUUGUUAAACGGAAAGGAAAGACUUAAAAGUGUACUAGUGCAUUUGAUGACUGAUUUAUUUAUGCUUGCGAGAGGGACACACUGUAUGUGGUGUAUGUUCAGUACGUUAAAGUUUUUUGUAUAAAAGUUAGGCGAAAUCUAGCGCGAUUGUUAGUUACUAGGUUUAGGCUAUUUGUAAAUAGAAAUUUUACUAUUUUAAAACCUUGAUAUAUAUUUAAAUAUUUAUGCGGAUAUAAGAAACAAAAGAUUGAAGUAUAAUAUAUGUGUCUGUCUGAUGUGUGUAACGUUUUGUAAUUUGUUUAGUUCAAAGUGAAGUUUGUUAGCAAAUCAUGAGUCAUUUACGUCACUUGUAAAUCAAUAAAUUCCAUUCCUGAUUGAAA